AUGGCUAAAACAUGUGCCGCCCCCCCAGAAAUAGUAGAUGGGACAGUUGAUUUGGGCUCAACUUCUCAAGAUAUAGCAGUUGGAACAGUUGCCACCUACAGUUGUAAAAAGUUUCAGCUUAUUGGAAAUGCAACUAUUUACUGCACCAAGUCAGGAAGUUGGAGUGGUUCACCUCCUGUCUGCAAAGGAGCAAACAUAGGCACUAAUCCCAAGACGACUACUGAGAAGAAGAAUGAGAAUGUGGACUCUCCAGUAGCUGGUGGUCUUGCAGCAAAAUCUCCAAAUGGUAAAGAUGCGAAUUGUCCAGAACCACAAGUUGCCCAUGGGCAUAAGACAGGUAAAUCUGGGCCAACUUAUCGCUCCGAUGACACUAUUAAAUUUGAAUGCGAACCAGGCUAUUGGAUGAAUGGCCAUUCAACAAUUACAUGCAAAGAUGAUAACGAGUGGCAUCCUUCACCCCCAACCUGUGAUGAUGAGGAGGAUAAGGAGAAAAAAAAACGUAUAAUCGGUCUAGCUGUAGGUAUACCUCUUGCUGUUAUUGUACUUGCAGCAAUCAUUGUCCUGAUCUACUACUGCUGCUGCUUGAAAAAGAAAGAAGGGAAGUAAACGUCUAGGAAUGAUGAAGUCAUUUGAAGUUUAAGGCAAUAAUAUUUAAAAAUCCACAAAGUGUUUUUUAUAUCUGCAUGCAAUGUUGACCGUCAAGCAAUAAAUUAUGCUGGAAAAUGACACCGAAUAGUUGCCAAGGAAAGAGAGGAAUACAGCCUUAGAUCUAGCAAGAAAGUGGAAGAAUCACAUCUACUGAACUGUAAUCAUAAAUCAUUGUAAAGUUUGUAUUUCCUUCAGUAUGCAAACUAUUUCUGCAGAU